AUGUAAUAAAACUAAUAAAAAGUAAGUUUAAACUUCAACUGUACAGGCUUAAACGGAAGUGACGGUUCUUUCACUUCCUAUUUAAAAAUAUACAUAAACGAAAACAAAGGCGAAUUCUAGUUCCUUGGUCAAACAGACGUAAUGAAAAGAGAUCCUCAUCCGAAAUUCGCAAAAAUAUUCUAUACCCUUUUUUAGCUUACAAAAAUAUAAAACAUCAGAAUAGAAGUAUGGGAAGUCCACACUAUUGGAAAAGACACUCUUUACGGUCAAGUAAACACUACUCUUGUUGAUAUUAUAAUCGAUCUUACAAAUAACUUCACAUUAAGCGUCGUUUGUCCUAAUAAGAUAGAUAAAACUGGUUAAAUCCACAUGAGAGCAGGAAACGUAGGUACAAACUGUGUCUAAUGGACCUGGGCAGGCCGUAAAUUGAAAAAUAUGGAUACAUUUUCCAAAAGCGAUCCUUUCCUAUAAUUCUUCUACUUAAAUGAUAAUGGAGAAAAAAUUUUCGUAGGCCAAACAGAAACAAUAAUGGAUAAUAAUGAGCCUGUUUGGAAACCUUUCGAAAUGUCCUUAAGUACACUUUGUAUGAGUGAUUUAAAUAGAAAAUUCUAAAUAGAUGUCAGAGAUUGGGAAUAAUCCGAAAACUAUAAAACUAUAGGUUCAGUAAAGACUACAAUAAAUGAAUUAUUAGAAAAAUAAGGAGCCCAAUUAGAAAUUAUAGAUAGUAAAAACUCAUUUGGGGGCCAUUUAAGUUGCACGCACGUAACAGUCUCAAAGCCUUGUUUUGUAGAUUAUAUAAUGGGUGGUUAAUAAAUUAAUGUUAUUGCAAAUAUAGACUUUACUGCUUCUAAUGGAGAAUAUUCAGACCCUAAUUCAUUACACUGUUAAGAUCUAAAGAAAAACUAAUACUUAAUUACUUUGAAGGCUAUUACUAAUAUUCUCUUGGCUUUCGAUUAUGACAAAAGAAUCGAAUUGUUCGGUUUCGGAGGUGUACCUUAAUAUCCCAAUUUCAAAAGUUAUGAUACUGAUCAUUGCUUUCCUUUAACUGGAGAUCAUAAAAAUCCAUCCGUUUUGGGAUUAGAUGGUAUUUUAAAUGUGUAUUAAGAAUCUUUAAAAAACGUAACUUUAUGCGGACCAACCCUUUUCGGACCUUCUUUGAAAAAAGGUAUGGAAAUAGCCAAAUAAAAUGCCUAAAAAAACAUUUAUACUAUAUAAUUAAUCCUCACUGAUGGUGUAAUUGACGACUUCGAAGAAUCUUAAAGAUUAUUAUCUAUGGGAGGUUCUCUACCCUGGUCAGUAAUAAUAGUUGGUGUUGGAAACGACAGAUUCGAAUCUAUGAAAGCUUUAGAUGGGCAUGAUGUUAAAACUUAAGCUGAUGGAGUUUAAUUAAAAAGAGAUAUUUGUUAAUUUGUUAAAUUCUAAGAUUACUAAAAUGAUCAUCAAGAACUCGUAUAGUAGGUUUUGGCAGAAAUUCCUAACUAAUUCCAAAGCUAUAAAUUAGCUAAAAAAGAAUAUGUUAUUACAGCUAAACCAGUCCAUACUGCUAUUUCUUCAGAUGUUAAAGUUGUAGCUAAUUAAGUAGGAGGAUAUUAAGGUAAUGCAUAUAGUCAUUGUACUUAAAGUAAUUAUGUUUGUGGAUCUAGUUAUUCUACUAAUACUGUUGUUAAAACAACUAUUACUACUACUAAGGUUACUUAUAAAGUAGAAUAAGCAGAAUGAGUCAAUAUUUUUUUUUACAUUAUUUAAAUUGAUUUAUUUAUAAAUAUUUUAAUCUUAUUCGUAUUUAUUAAUUAAAAAAAAUUAAGCUUAUAAUUUUUUUGUGAAUGAAUUAUUUAAAUAUAUUAUUAUUUUAAAAACUAUUUUAUAUUUUUUAUUG